UUGGAACUCUACUCUAAAUUUAGAGUUCCUGGGGUUGGAUGAUGUACUUCCUGCUUGAUAUAUUGGAUAUAUUUAGAAUUAGCUUGAUGCUGUGAUGGGAGGAUGUAGGGCAGGUCCCUGCAGCGCAGGUCCCUGCAGCGCAGGUCCCUGCAGGGCAUUACGCCGUUGUCUGAAGAAAGACCUCAGACGAAUUGUUAAGGCCAGUGGAGCAACUAUCUGUUCAACUCUUGCAAACUUGGAAGGAGAUGAGAGUUUUGAUCCCUCUUUAGUGGGCCAAGCUGAGGAGGUGGUUCAAGAAAGGAUAUGCGAUGAUGAACUGAUACUUGUUAAAAAUACAAAGGCCCGUACUUCUGCAUCAAUCAUUCUGCGAGGAGCAAAUGAUUUGCAAGGGCCGGUCCCUGCAAGGGUUCCAAUGGGGCAAGAGAGUCAGUCAGAAGCAUGA